AUGAGGAGGAGGAGGGAGACACGACCGAGCCCAUUCAAAGUGCCAGAUGACAACAGCAUUUUUCUACUGUGUGCAAAUGAAAAGGAGGAACAGAAAGAGGAGAUGCGUAAAUUCCUGGCUCUGCCAAUUGAUAAGAAGACGACCCACGCUGCGCGAAUGAUGGCCAAGAUUAAGAAAGAGCUGGUGGGAGAACUGGAGGAGGAGGAGGAGGAGAGGGAGAAGAUGAAGAAUCUAAAACAAAUAAAGGCUAAACCAACUCUCCCUAAGCAAACACCAGGCAGACAUGAGCUGAAGAUUGCCAUGAUGAAACGAGACAACAUAUCGAAAGACAGUAAACAUGACUUGAUCUUCAUGGAACGACAGAAAGCAGUGUUAGAGUUAUGUCUGAUGACGAAGAGGAAUGAGAUUUUGAAGAUGGACAAAGCCACCGCGAAGGAGGAGAGGCAGCUGAAACAGCUUGAAAGGAUCAUAGAGAGAGACAACCUCAGCUUCGAAGAGUUCCUCAGGGAGAACGAGAAGAAGUCUGUGGAGGCCAGAACCUUUUUUGAACGAGAGGCCAAGUCCAAACAGGAGAAGAACACUGAGAUCAAGAAACUGACUGUUGAAGUGGGGACCAUAAAAAGUGAACUCGCCAAGUUUGAUGAAAUCCUGGUGGACUACAAGAGGUACAAGGAGCUGCUGUUCAAACUGUCUCCUGCAGAGUGGCAGGAGGCCCAGAGAGCGAAGGCUGUGAAAACUACAGUCCUGUCUGAUGAAGACUCCGGGGACAAACCGGAGCAGGAGGAGUCUGCAACUAGGAACGGUUUGGAGGACAACGUGUCAAGUAGAGAGCCGCCUUCCGUCAGAGAGACGAGGUUGUCGUCAGCCCACAGCGACUCACUGAUCGCAAAUUCUGAUCAGGAUGGUGACAGCUCAGAGUUUGAGGAUGAGCCAGAGCUCUACUUCUCUGACCCCCAGCAGCUCUUAGAUCUGGUGACAGAGCUGACAGAGCAGAACUUGUCCCUGAUCCAGAACUCGACAAGGGUGGAGAAGAUGGUGGAGGUGCUCCGACUGUCGAUGGACACAGCCAGGGAGAAGAUUGAAAAGGAUGAAGAGCAGCUAACGCUACAGAUAAGUGACAUCAACCAGAGAAUCCACAAAGAGAAGGCGAGAGGCAACAGGCUCAAACAGAAGGUUCAGCUUCAUGUCUCGUUGAACACUGAGGACCAAGAUGUGAUGCUGGAUGCUCUCGGCGAGAAGGUUGCGGAGGUGCACCGCAGCUGUGUGGACGACAGGAUGACCAACCUCAGCACCUUGGAGAAGCUGGCCACUAUUGAGAACCAUCUGUCUGUACUGCUGCAGAGCCUCGAGAGCAUCCCUGAAGAAAGCUUGGAUAUGAUGAAGAAAAUAAAGGACAGCGAGAGGAGGACAAGGGAGCGUGAAGAAAAACUGAUAGAGCAGAAAGAGAAGCAGAAAGAAAGGAUGAGGAGGUAUAUGGAACGAUCCCUGGCUGACUCUAAGAAAAUAAGUGGGAGAAAGCUCAUGCCUAGAUGUGUGCCUGUUACCCAGAAAGUCAAAGUCAGCAACGUGGACAACAUCCCCGCUGAGGAUGAGCUCCAUGCCUACCUCUUCACUGCUGAGGACUGAGGAGUCCAAUGUUUCACCAUGACAAAGACAUAGAAUGACUACAUUGAUAGAAUCAGCAUUAUAGAUUAGGUUAAUAUAGUAGAACUAUGUAAAGUACAGCAAAUUAAACCUUGGGAUUGCAGUGAAUAACUGAGUGCCUGGUUGUAGUGGUGCAAUCUCGCUGGAGUUAUUUACUUAAGUUUUUUUAAGGUAUCUGAGUAUGUAUUUUGUUAUGCUCCUUUUUUCUACUGCACUACAAUGCAAGCUAUUAUAUAUUUUACUCAACUAUUGAGAGCUGUAGUUACCUUUCAGAUAUAAAUUGGACAAUAAAAUGAUCAAUAUGGAGAGACACCAGCCUCAUUAACACAUCAUUGAUUUUUGAACUGCCCAAAUAUUUGUUUACUACCGGUAGACUACUAAAGCUAUUACCUAUGUCGGAGGUCUUAGAGAAACCAAUAUUUCAUGUGCAAUCUCCUGAUAUUGAGCUGUUUAACAAACAAUAUAAUUUCUUUUUUUUGUAACAACAAACAUUGUUUAUAAAUUGAUUGAUUAUGUUAAACUGGAAGCAGAAGAGCCAGACUCACUUAAACCUGUUUAAAGAUGUGAUAUGUGCCUCCAGUGACAGCAAACUAAAUUUGCACAAAGAGUUGAUAGAACAGGUUUGAUUUAGCAACAUCUUUUAUUUCAAUGAGCUAAUCUCUGUUGUUGGUAAUAAAUUAAUCGAUCCUGAGACAUCCUCUAUUUAUUUUUGAUUUGUUUUAUUGUCUUUUGGAUGUUACCAGUGCUUUUGUCUGUGGCCUGCUUUAAUAAAC